AACCAAGAAUCCGACUCGGCGCUAGACUAAUCGGGCGAGGAAGACGAGAAGACCCCGAGGCAGGAGGCGAGCGGGGGAAGGAAGAAGAAGAUGAAGGUCCGCGCGUCGGUGAAGCGCCUGUGCGGGUUCUGCAAGGUGGUGAAGCGCCGGGGCAUCGUCUUCAUCCACUGCACCGCCAACCCCAAGCACAAGCAGCGCCAGGGCUUCUCCACCAUCGCCGAAGCCGCCGCCGCGUGCGUCCACCUGCCGCCGCCACCGCCCGCCAGCGGUUCCGCCUCCGCCGCAGCGUUCGCGGAGGCUUCAAAGGUGGCGAGGCAAGAGAUGUCUAUGAAGUUCAAUUGGCCGCUAGGUUUAGCUGCCUUGCUCAAGAAUGGAGAAAAAUAAUGCAUCAGGUCUACCAUAUGCUGACAUUUUAAGCAGAUGUUGAAUAGAGCCAGUUGGUAUCAUGAUAUGAAGAGAAGCAUGUAGCAAAAACUUGAAACUGUACCAUCAUCAUGUAUUUGCUAUUACUACACAUCAGUUGAAGUCAUGCUACGGUGGAAUAAUAUCAGCACAUAUUGUUUUUUUUUCUCUUAAAAUGUUUGAUUCUUGAAUGUUUUAAUGUAAUAGCAUUUGCAGAAAGGUGCUAUGCUUAACUC